ACGUAAGAUCGCGUAAUAUGGCGCGAAAAUUUGGCGUUGUUUUGUUGACGACGUCGUCUCGUCAGGUUUCAGGACGCCAAAAUCAAAUUUUCACGUUGUGUUUAGGACGUCGGGUUUUUUGGGGGUUUUUUUGCAUCAAAAAGGUACGUACACAAAUGAUUUUAAAAUAAUUUGCGGUAGCAACUAUUUUAUCAUUAUUUUGAAUAUUAUGUACUAAUUAGCAUACAAAAUUAUGCACAUUUUGCGUAAUUUUAUUCACAGUGUUUUUAGUAGGUCGAGAAUCGAGAUAAACACUUUUUACCCAGGACUAUAGAUCCAUCAGAAUGGUUUUAAAGAUACACGCAUUUACAAUCAUCAAUAACUAAUAAUGUUCAUCGUUUGUGAAUUGUGGACUUUGUGGUUUUAAAACAGUUGACGUUUCAUGGUUUUGUUCAACAUUUAACAUGAUUUUCAAAAAGAUUGUUUACGUUUUCACGUAUAUUCAUACAGGCAGAGUAUAAUUUGUUCACUCUUGACACAACAUUUCCUAAUUUCGUUUGUCUUUUUUUCAGCAUUAUUUUGAGUAAGUGCCAUUUGCUCUAUGGAAGACAAGAAGGAUUGCCCAAACAAGAGGUCCAGCAUGGUGUGGUCAAAAGACAAAGACUUAAUACUUUUGAAGGAAGUGGCAGCUCUAGGUGUUCUGACACAUAAGCAAAGGUCAAGAGAACGUGGUCUGGGGUGGCAAAGUGUAGCUGAUAAUGUCAGUACUUUGGGUCAGGCAGUCACUUUGAGGGGGGUCAGAGAGCGCUACAGUUUGGCGGCAAAGAAAUAUCGCGCCCAAAUGGCUAAAGAAGAGCGAGCUACAGGGGAAGGUGGUGAAGAAAUGACGGAGUAUGAAAAACUGAUGGAAGAACUAAUCAAUAUUGAGGACGAGACUGAUCGGCAGAUGGAAACAGAGUGUGCAGCAAGAAGUCAGAGGAUCGAGAAUGAACGAGAGCAGGCAUUGGAGAUGAGGGAACGAGCAAUGGAGAGGUUGGGGGAAACAAAGAAAAGGGUUGGAAUGACAAGUGAGAGUGGUCCACCUCAGAGGAGAAGAAGAUCUGGAGACAUGAUGGAGUGGUUGCAGCAGAGGGUGGAAUUGGAAAAAGAAGAGAGAGAGUUAAAGCAGGCAGAAAAACGGGAGCAUGUGGAGAUGCAAAUGAACCAACAUUUGGAACUUUUGCAGGUAAUGCAACAGAGUCAGCAACAGUUCAGCAUGCAAAUGAAGCUAUCUGAGCAACAUCUACAACAGCAAUUACAAAUGCAACAACAACAACAACAACAGCACCAGCAAGAAUUUGGUUUUUUACAACAGCAAAUGUUGGCUUUAAUGCAGCAGCAGCAGCAGCAAACACAAAUGUUGGCAAACAUGCUUAAAAAAUAAAUUAAGAACAUGCAUGCAUGGUACUUUGUGUCAUUGAUUAA